GUGAGGGUUUGCAUGACAGCCAUUGAUGCUGUACAUGCUCGUCAUAUUCCUCGCACCACAAAACCCUAUAUAUGAAUCCUUUUCUUCUUGUUUUACCAUUUGCCCAGAAGGGAAAAACCUUUCAUUUCCCCUCUGCUUUUACUUUUCCUUUCCUCUUUUCUCGGGAUCCGAUCAUUCUUUGACAAUCGGGGGACAAAGUUUUCAGGGUCGGUUCAAUUCCCGAGUAAAAGGCUUUUGCUUUGCUUUUCCUCUCCAGCAGUAAUUUGUUGACUGAUCGAGCUUAGGAGAAAAGGGGGUUUCCUUUACCUUUUCCUGAGUGAAUAUUAGGGUUGGGAUUAAGUCAGAUCCACAAGAACUUUGAUUCAGAGGUGUUAAUUAAACUACAGACAACUGCAAGAACAUGAAUUCGUUUACACAUGUUCCUCCCGGAUUUAGAUUCCACCCGACAGACGAAGAACUGGUCGAUUACUAUCUCCGGAAAAAGAUUGCCUCGAAAAGAAUCGACCUAGACGUCAUCAAAGACAUCGAUCUUUACAAAAUCGAGCCAUGGGAUCUUCAAGAACUUUGCAGGAUAGGGGCUGAGGAGCAGAAUGAGUGGUACUUCUUUAGUCAUAAAGACAAGAAGUAUCCGACCGGAACGCGCACGAAUAGAGCAACGAAAGCGGGAUUCUGGAAAGCCACCGGAAGAGAUAAGGCUAUUUAUCUGAAGCACAGUUUGAUUGGGAUGAGAAAGACUUUGGUGUUUUAUCAAGGUCGAGCCCCCAAUGGACAGAAAUCAGACUGGAUAAUGCACGAGUACCGGCUCGAAUCAAAUGAAAAUGCAGCUCCCCAGGAAGAAGGAUGGGUAGUUUGCAGGGUAUUCAAGAAGAGAAUGGCCACAACAAGAAAAGAGGGCGAGCACGAUUCACCCUAUUGGUACGACGACCAACCCUCCUCCAUGUCGGAUUUCGAUCCAGCGAGGCGUAUAUCCCCACUGUUCGCUUCCUACCCUCCUCACAGUCACACCUGCAAACAAGAGCUCGAGAUGCAAUACAAAAUGCCCAACAAUGUCGAUGCAUUUCUCCAGCUUCCCAAUUUAGAAAGCCCCAAACUACAACAAUCCGGCAGCAGUGUGAUCAGUUGCCACUCCAUCGUCCCUUACCGCUUACAAGACGUCGACUGUAUCCAAGAAAGUGACCAAAUGCACUGUAACACGCUCUACAUCAACGUGAACAACGAGCAAGCAGCAUCGGAUCAAGUCACUGACUGGCGGGUGCUCGACAAAUUUGUGGCCUCUCAGCUCAGCCAAGAUGAUGGUAAUGACUCAAACGAGGGUUGUGUUCAAGUUUCUGAAUCAAUCGGAAUGAUGGAGAAUGAGAUGAAAACAGAACUUACGUCGAUAUCGACCACCACGACUUCCCAAUUCUACCUGUGGAAGUAAGAGACAUGAAGUAGAGAAUAAAAUUGGGUAACUAUAUACUAAUUAAUUAUGAGAUUUAAAUAUAUGGUAAAUUGCAAUUUAUCUAUGUGUAUUAUGCAAACUAGGCAAACAACCCCUUUAUAAAAAAUAACAUAGCAAUUUUUC